AUGCAAGGAGCAUGCGGAACAAGUGUUCAGGAAAAACUGCUAGCCAUCAAAGCAGCCGUCAUACAUCCUCUCAUUAGGCUAUUGAUGAUUCCGCACCGUUCAGCUAUAGCCACCAACAAAGCAGCAGUAAUGCCUACUUUCGGGAAUACACCCUAUAGUCAUGGCUCGAUACUGAUAUUGCAGCCUCUGUCACUAAUUCAGCACAAUGAUGAGCUGUUCAGCUGUCACAUAUACGCCCACUCGAGAAUUUUUUCAGCACAUUACAAUACAUUUGCAAUAAUUUUAAAGUGUUAUUAA